GAACACCUUCAUCAACCUAGGCAUAGAUUUAGCUGAAGCUAAUAGGGUAAACAGGUUGCUUAUUGGGAUGAAACAUGCCAAACUUCUCAUAUGUCGAGGGUGUAUCUGUAAAAUCAUUCUCAUUAACCCUAGUCGCUACCCUCCCUCCCCCCCCCCCCCUCCCCCCGUUCGUUUCUGCCACCCCCAGAUUGCAGCAUUCUCUCGUCCUUUCCAUGGCGGCAAUGGCGGCUGUGAGAAGCGCUCUCCUGAGUCACUUGAGGGUGAGAGUGGAAUCCCCGGCGGCGCCGGCGGUGGCCCUCUCGUUCGUUCAUAUUUUCUGCCGCCGAUUCUCCAACGAGGUGAUGGGCUCCUUCCUCGACAAGUCUGAGGUCGCCGAUCGGAUCGUCACCGUCGUCAAGAAUUUCCAGAAGGUCGACCCCUCCAAGGUCACACCAAAUGCUCAUUUUCAGAAGGACCUUGGUCUUGACAGUUUGGACACUGUAGAGAUUGUGAUGGCUCUGGAGGAGGAAUUUGGGUUUGAGAUUCCUGAUAACGAAGCAGACAAGAUUGACUCGAUAAAUGUCGCUGUAGACUUCAUUGCCUCGCACCCUCAAGCAAAAUGAUACGCCAGCCCAUGGCAUUGUGUAUUGAUCUCUUCACUUUUUUGUAUGACCUGCAUCAGGAAGUUUUUUGUCUUGAUGACUCCAUUUACUUUGGAAAUUUAAGUUCCAUCACAUAGCUACAAGCUUUAUAUAUGUCGAUGGUUGUGUCAUAAUUUUGUUAAUUCCCCCUUUAACCUAUUUGAAGGUGCUUUUGUGAUCUUUAUUGCUCUCAAGGUGGAAUAAUUUGGUAUUUUAUACAUAUUCUAAAGCAGGCUUUUUCUACCA